AAUAAUAUUGUACAUAAACUUUAAUUAAAGCAAGAAAAAAAGGGCAACAACAAUAACAUCGGAACAGAAAAUAGGAACAACAAUAAUCAAUAGGCGAUAAAAAGUUUUGUUAUCAGCGUGUUUUCGUCAUUUGGCUUUUUGGAAUUGAUAUUGUUGGUUGUUGGCUUGUCUUGGUAUUCAUUACUGGUAUCUUGUUGGCAUUUCGACAACUUGUUGUUGCUGCCGCGAGACAAAAUACGCGGCAGCGGCAACAUCACCGCUAACGGGUGUUGUUGCUUGCGUAGACGCCAACUCCAACGCUGACGCUGACAAUGUCUGUGCAGCAGUUCUGCUUGCGCUGGAACAACCACCAGCCAAACUUCAUAUCCGUCUGUUCCUCCCUGCUGCAUAAUGGGACGCUGGUGGACGUCACGCUUGCCGCGGAGGGUCGACAGCUACAAGCCCACAAAAUAGUGCUGUCCGCGUGCAGUUCGUACUUUCAGGCGCUAUUUACGACGAAUCCGUGUCAGCACCCGAUUGUCAUACUGAAGGACGUGCAGUACGAUGAUCUCAAGACGAUGGUGGACUUUAUGUACUACGGAGAGGUGAAUGUGUCGCAAGAGCAACUGCCACACAUACUUAAAACAGCCGAGAUGCUCAAAAUAAAGGGCCUGGCCGAAAUGCCAACAGACCCGGCAAACCUCACCAAGUCAGACAGUAAGUCGUCCAGCGAGGCAACGGAACUGCUAGGUCAAGCUGGCGCGAAUGUUGUCGGCACGAAUGCUGGUGUAGCGGCAUCUAGCUUAGGAGCGGCUAGUGGCAGCAGUAGUGCUGGUGAUUCGCUUUGGAGCAGCAGUGAAGCGCAGCAGUUCCAGCAGCAUCAUCAGCAGCAACUACAGCAACAACUGCAACAGCAGCAGGCGCAGCAACAGCAGCAGCAGCAACAACAACAGCACCAGCAGCAACAACAACAACAACAGCAGCAACAGCAACAACAACAACAGCAGCAGCAACAACAACAGCAGCAUCAUCAUCAUCAUCAUCAUCACCAACCUCAACAGCAGCAGGCCAGCCAGGCGCAGGGUUCGCAGACGCAUCAUCAUCAACUACGACGAACUCCAUCACCGCUAAGUGCUGGCACCUCACCGGCUACGCGGCGCAAGCGCUUGCGAAAGUCUUCGAAUAACGGCUCUGGUGACCGAAAUAACUCGGAGGAGCAGCAUAGCAGCUCCUUAGAUGCAGCUAGCGCCGCUGGCAGCGCUGCUGGCCUUAGCCUCGCGCAAAUGAGCCAAAUGUCGUUUGGAGCUGGAGCGGGCAAUAACUCUACAGCGGCACUAGGCGGUCUUUCGGGUCACUCGAUGCAUACUGCCAAGUUGUUGAAAGAGUCGGCGAGCGCUGAACUAGAGCAACAGCCACAGGACUCCGAUCUGGAUGACGCUCACGGUCAUAUACAUAUGCAAAUUGUAAUGAAAUUGAAGCCCGAAGUGGACAUUGGCAAUGUGAAUCAAUCGAUGCCUCUGGACAUUUCAGGCACUACGACACCAUCGGAACACGACGCCCCCAAUUCACAAUCAUCGCACUCGGAGCCCAGUCCGGCGCAUGCCCCGCAGCAUCAUCCCACGCUGGCGAUCAGCCACAGCCAGGGCACCAAUACGAGCAGCAGCAGUGGCAGCUUUGAGCGGACGCCAAGUGAAACGGAUGCUGCUACAGAUCUGCAGACAUCGCAGUCGACGGCUGCGAUGGGGUCCAAGCGGAAUAGAGUGCUCACCAGGCAGCCUCGGGUUAAGCGGGACAGCGAUAGCCUAACGUCGACAAAUCAGAUUUCACCGGAUACAGCCGCUACGACACUUGACUUUGAUCCGUUUAAUGCGGCGGGCACAACCACCGCCAUAGCCAGGGACUACUCGACACACCAUCACCACCAGCCGCAGCACCAUCAUCAUCACCUGUUGACCGUACCACCUCGAAUUGAGCGGCACGCUUCUGAGCCGGCGCCGAGCCUGGCAUCGCCGACGCCGCACCUGCUAAGCGUACCGGCCAGCACACCAUAUCUGAUUAAGCAGCAUUCGGAUCCGCUGUUGCCGCGUCAGCAUUCGCUGCAUGCCACAGGCACGGGCAGCAUUACGGGCAGUAAUCCGUUUGCGCCGUUGCAUCGUCAAUACUCGCAUCCGCUGUCUGGAAGUAAUGCAAGCUAUGUGCCACCUGCUCCACUCCACCAUCCACAUCAUAUCUCGCUGCCUGAAUCAAUUUAUGCUUCCGGCUCGCCGCCGCCAGCCGGUUCAUCGCAGUACCUGGUACCAGCACGCGUCGUCACUUGUAACGCUUCGUCCAGUGAGACCGCAGCCACGCCCACUACUUCAAGUGGCACGCCCGUUUCGGUGGUAACGUCGCCACCGGCAGGCCUCAACAGCAAUAGCAAUCGCCAGCCAUUUUCACCAACGUAUGGCAGCAGCACGGAACAGUCGCCCAUUCCGGAACGCCGCUCGCCUCACUCACCCAUCACAAAUAUUGUGGAGCGCAGUAGCGCACGGGUSGAGACAGCAAAUGGCAGUGGGAAUAAGUUACGCACAUCCAAGUCAACUGGCAGCAGCAGCAGUAGCAGCAGCAUUCACCUGCAUCCCAACCAGACCGCGACGACGAGUAGUUCGUUUGAGCAUUUGCCCACGCUACGCGUGAAGAACGAGGAACUGCAGCGCUCGGUGUCAUCUCCACAGACCCAACGCGAAAUAACUACAUUGGAAAACCCACGUUCUAGUCAUUGUCCCGUCAUUCGUCCUGGCCCGGCGCUGGGCUGCAAUUUCUGUUGGAAUACCAUCGAUGGACAUGGUCGCAUUUUGCGCCGCAAAACGAAAUACCACUGUCCCGAGUGUCAAACGAAUUUAUGCAUCGUGCCGUGCUUCCAGGAGUACCACGAGCGGCUCAAGAAUGAAGCAGCAGCCGCCGAAAGUCAGGCCAACACCAGCAGUAGCAGCAACAGCAAAGGAACAGCCUAUGCAUCAUCAGGCGGCUCAGCUGCUCGGCUCUACACGAAAACCGAAUCGAUAUAAGCCGCACCAUGGAAUCCCAUGCAAUGGCUUACAUAUUUGUAUUUGAGACACGACGGGCCAUUCCACGAAUGGUCGUCGAUGUCGAAUUUGUUGUUUGUCGUCAGGAAGUGCAGCUGUAGCGCCAAUUAAAUGGCAAGUCAGCGGCACACUCUUCAUCCUGCAUCGAAAUUUUUUAUUUGUCACAGUUCCACUGUCCAAGAAGAAUCAAGUACCUGGACGCGGAUUGUUCACGCGCAUUGAAGCGCAGCAAGAUUUGUUUUUGUAUCUGCGUCUCCAAUUCGGAGGCGCAGUGAUGUAGAGUACAUACAUGUACAUGCAUACAUACAUGGAUACAUACCUACAUGCAGGCAUGCGAACAAGUCGCCUGUCGCAUGUCUGUCAAUGCACAAGAAACAUUUUUAAAACUAAUUGUAAAGCGAGCUAUGUAAAUGUAAAAU